ACAGACUAUGCUCUUCACUUUCCGAGAAAAGGAACGGCCGAUUAUGCCAACCUCUGGAACAUGCCCAGUUUGAAUGCGUCCACCGUCUGUUUCUGGAUGAAAUCAUCCGCCUCUAAUGCAGGAACACCAUUUAGUUAUGCCGUUCAAGGAGAGGAUAACGAACUGCUUUUGUUUAAUUACAAGGACUUUGACUUACGUAUUGGUGGUAAAAAGAAGUAAGUUAUAUACAAUUAAUGGUGUAUUUCUUUGAAAAAAAACUCGAGACUAAUAGGAGAGGAUAACGAACUGCUUUUGAUUAACUACGAUAACUUUAAGCUGCUCGUUGGUCUGUGGUGAAGAGAAGUAAGUUGUAUACAGUUGGUGUUUUUCCUUGGAAGAACCCGCCUGAGACUUAGGCCAUCCCCUUUACUUACUGUAUUUCUCCUCCUUUAGCGUUGUCCCAACCGACCUACAUUUUUUGACAUUUUCGUCAUAAAACAGGAAUGACGUAAUAAUACCUUUUCUGACUAUAAUUAAUUAUUUUAAUCUGAAAAAUGAGCAUUGUAACAAUAUUUCCAGGCAUAGACGUUAGGGUGAUGUAUCCUUUUAGCUUUUUACAAGGCCCGACCAUUUGACUUUUGAGGGGGGUAUGGGUGAUUUGGUUUGGGUGAGAAUUUUUUUUCCCCAAACCCCUGGAGAUAAAAUAUUCUUUCCCGACACACAACAAUGUAAAAUUUUUUCUCCAACGUUAUUCACCAGGAGAGAUACUUUUUUCAGUGUAAGAUUUUUUUGCCCAGGUAUUUCCUUGCAAGAUUUAUUUUCCUUCGAAAUCAGUCAAACGUUUGGCCCCUGAUACCAUGACAUCGAAAUUCAUAUUUUCCGCCAUAUUGAGUUUGUGUCGAUUUGGUGACAAUUUCUUGUUGUUUCCCCACUCCACGUCGAUGAUGCUGGGAUUUCAGGCCUGCUAUUCUCAGACUUCUUGUGAUUUAUUUAGGUCUUUUUAUCCAAACCUCCAGAUCAUACGAAAGGUGAAUUCAAUAAUUGUUUUAAUAAUAAUAAUAGUUUUAUCAUUUAUUCGAAAUAAUUUACACUUUAAGAAUUAACUAGUAAACGAUUCCGUGUGAACAGUCCGAGUUUGGGCCGCUCGCCCGACGUCCUCUUCAGUUUCAGAUUUCCGUUUAACCCAGUAAAUCCAGCCAGAACGUGGAUUCGUUAGGGGAAUUCGGAUCAGGAUACCGGGAAAUUUUUUCUUUUGGAAUCUGAAAUCAGGGAAAUUUCCUGGGCUUUGGAAUCCGGAAUACAACUCAAGGAAUCCGGAAUUCAACUAGCGAUUCGAGUCCGGAAUCCAAGUUCCACUGACAUAAAAUCAGGAAUCGAGUGCCUGGAAUCUGGAAUCCACGGCGUGGAACCCAAAAUCUUGGACAAACAAAUUGUUAAGAAUUGUGCACUUUCUUAUCCACAGAACCCCAAUCCAUCCUGCGGAUUUUGUGCCACAAUGACCUCACCCCUCCCCCCACCCUGGACAAUGUUGUUCAUUCGCGGUCAGAUAUAAUCUAUAAUUUAAAAUUGCUUUUUUUGGGGGGGGGGGAGGGGGGAGUAUUUUUACUUGCCAGUGCUUUCAAAGGCUUUAUCUUGAAACUAGACAUGGCAACGUCAAUUUUUCUUAACAUUUUUGUCCAAGAUUGCAGAAUCCUAGACCAACUUGUAUCCCCUGACAUGGGGUGAUACCGGUAUGAUCCAAUACUGAUUCCUCUGUUUGCCAACAGGAUGAUCGGGGUAUCAGCAAAUGAUGGUAAAUGGCAUGCUAUCUGCGUGACCUGGGACAACGAAAAUGGCACCUAUCAGUUCUUCAAAGAUGGAGCGAUGGAAAAACAAGGGACAGACUUUAUGAAGGGCUACACCAUCAAGGCUGGGGGAUCUCUGGUUCUAGGACAAGACCAAGAUAAUGUCGGCGGCGGCCUCAAGAGUAGUGAAUGCUUCCGAGGAACCUUGACUAACGUUAAUGUGUGGUCCUAUGUCUUGCCGAAAAAAGCUAUCAUUGCUUUUUCUAAAUCUUGCUCCUUUGGAAUGGGGAACGUGUACAAAUGGUCCGAUUUCAAAUACGGUGUCAAAGGAAAAACCGCGGUUGAAAUGCCGUCUUCUUGUUCACCGAUCAACAAUUGA